AUGUCUCCAUGCGAAAUUGCUCUGAAGCGCAAGCAAAAACGGACGAAAACGUUCCAUAACGCUAUCAUAAGACAUUUACAGGGUGAAGAUUUUUACAUGAUCCCGGAUGAUACUGAGCUAAGCCGAGAGGCUUGUAGAUCGUUUAAACGAGGUGUAAGUUUUUUCUGGUAUGCUAAUCAAGAUCGAAGAGAAAUGAUUCAUUCUCCGAUUUAUUAUCACUAUGUGCCCCCGCUUGCCCCAUCCAAAACCUCUGAAGACGAACACGACUACGAAGUGAAGUUCAACCAGACCGUCAGAGGCACAAAUACGAGGCCCGAUUUUUCGUGCCACGUAGAGAACGUUUCGUUUCUUAGCUCGGAAAUUAAGCCACUUGGCUGUGGACCUCUGAUGAAGAUAAAAGAUACGAUAAAGGUUAACUUGCGCGCGAGAAAGUCCAUUAAUCAGCAACUCACGUCGAGAGGCGGACCGGGAGAAAGCGCUUGGCUUACAAACUUUGGCAAUGUCGUUCAAACCUACAUUAUGGAUCUCAAGCAUGAUGCUAUGUACGGAUCAUUGCCACAUAUGACAUCAAGACUUGUCAUAGACCAACCCAGUAUGCCACUGAUCGAAUCAUCGUUCAUGCAUUUCGUGGAUUUAGAG